AUGCCAGAAGAGAAGCUUGCCCUCGGCAGCUGGGAUAGAGCCCCAGUACCUUUGGAGGACGUACCGCUAGGUCUUCCUAGAUACUCAACUCCUCCAUCGAGUACUCCCUGUUCAGUGAAACAGGAAGUAGCAUUUCAAGAUGUGAGAUAUGCGACAGAUGAGGCCCUGGAUACUUACAUCCCAGUUGGCGUCCUCGGCAAAUCUAUAGCAUCCUCUGCGGCAUCCGAGAUAGCCCUGCUGGAGAAACUCGGAUGGAUUAGGACGAAUUCUCUUGACCAAAGCGACAAUCUACAGAUCUUCGUGUUACCAGAUGCAGAACGCAGAUAUGUGCCGCGCCCAAUGGGCAAGGCCAAAGCUGCUUUCAAAUUCGUUAUGUCGAAGAUUGACAGCUCCCCAGAGGCGUGGAAUAGUUUGAUCUAUGCCCCUGGUGAUCAGGCUGUACUCAAUGGCGAAGAGGAUGAAUCGCUUUGGUAUAUGUUCAAUACGCUGCAGAGCCCCAAUCCGACUUUGGAUGGCAUACAGGAAUGGUACUCUAGGGACGCUAUGGAUGACCUGCUUCAUGAUUCAGCUCUGGGACUGAACACACAGCUUCAUCAGUAUCAGCGCAGAUCCGCCGCACUGAUGGUGCAGCGGGAAGUGCAGCCUGCAUUUGUGCUUGAUCCGAGGCUACAGGCUUGUCAGGGCCCAACUGGGGUGGAGUACUAUUAUGAUAAGGAGGCUGUGAGCCUUUUUCGUGAAAAGAUCUUGUAUCCUGAGCCUUGUGGGGGCAUUCUGGCCGAGCCCAUGGGCUACGGGAAGACGCUCAUUAGUCUUGCUGUGAUCUUGGCUACCCGUGGACAUUUUCCUAAGAUCCCUGUGGAGUAUCAGACGACAACGAAUCCGGUCAGAAAGACGACUGGAACAUUGAUGCAAAUGGCCGCCGCUGCUGCUUGUCAUUUCUCUAUACCCUGGAAGCAGGAAUUUCAGAGACAGGAGAUAGAAGGGAAGUUUUACAGGAAUUGCAUCAAGGCCUGCGAGGCCCACGGUGGCUCUUACGAGAUACCGGCUCAACACAAGCACCAAAGCCGGGCUAGCUCAUCGUAUACUCGUCCGGCCAAGCAGAUUCUCCUUUGUUCCGGUACCAUCGUUGUUGUCCCGCUGAACUUGGUGAACCACUGGGAAAGUGAGAUUGCUACGCACACUAGUGGGCUGAAGGUACUGGUCCUGCGAGAUAAGUCGUCCAAAGUGCCUUCGACGGAAGAGCUACUGUCAUUCGACAUUGUCCUGUUCUCCAAGAACCGGUUCACAGCAGAAGUUCCAAAAAGAACAGCCAAGGACGUAUCCAAGUCUCCUAUUUUGAACCUUCACUGGUUGCGGGUUAUCAUCGACGAAGGCCACGAUGUUGCCGGUCAAAGAACAGACAUGGUUCACUUGCUGCAGCAACUGCACUUUGAGCGCCGUUGGGUCAUCUCGGGAACGCCUUCCCGUGGCUUGUACGGGGUGGAAUUGAAUGGUGCUUCGCAGCGAGGGAACAUAAGCGGCACCGAGUCAUCCUCCAGCGGGCUCACUGCUGGCAUUUUGCAAAGACGGAAAAAUACAGGGCCAGCCAUCGACGAUGAGGUUAAAGAUUUGGAGGGCUUGGGUCGCAUGGUGGUCGAUUUCCUUGACCUCAAGCCCUGGUCUAAUGACCGUAGGCUUUGGCCAAGGUACACAAGACUGGUGGGUGAAGAUGGCAUACGCCGGAAAGCCCCUUCUCUGCGUGCAACACUGCAGAGCUUUGUUGUGCGGCACCCGCUUGAUGUAAUUCUCGAAGAGGUCACUCUUCCGCCAAUGUCUCACGAGGUGGUAUAUCUCACUCCAACCUUCCAUGACCGAUUGUCCAUCAACCUUUUCCUUUUUUCACUUGCUGUCAAUGCCAUCACAUCGGAGCGUACCGGUCCCGAUUACAUGUUCGAUCCGAAGAACCGAAAAAACCUCGAGGUGCUGAUUGGAAAUCUACGCCAGGCUGGAUUCUGGUGGGUUGGCUCUGGCAAGGAUAUCGGAGGCACUGUUGACAUUGCUUUGGAGUAUUUGGAGAAAAACCGAGAAAAGAUGUCCCUGGCGGAUAUCCAGCAAUUGAGUCAUGGGAUCCAAAUUGCACAAAAGGCGAUGGGUUCAUCCGCCUGGAAUGAGUUCAACACUUUGCAUGAACUCGGGGUCUAUGUCCGGGGUUUCCCAGAGCAUACUCGCAGCCUGUGGGCCCUUGACCGCACAGCCACAGACCAAGAGCCUCUGCUCAUGGGCAUCAACCAAGCCCGUCGUGCACAAGAGUUUGUGACGCAACAUCUCCGCGCGUCUGAUCCUGCCGAAGGUCUCGCAGGACACGGCAUCAAAGUUCGCCAGGAACUGGCCAGCCACAGCGAGCAGGUUACUCACAUCGGUGCCCCCGAGUCAGCCAGCGUCAUCCCACAACCAGUGCAAAAGACCACAUCCAAAAAGAGGAAACCAAAACACACUUUCGAGAAGAAACUCUUCCGCACUCUCCCCGACGACUCACCCCUGAGACAAACCGUCCUAGAAGGCGUAACAUCCGCCAAACUCCGCUACCUCCUCGACAAAGUGCUCGAGUUCCAACAAACCGAAAAAAUAAUCAUCUUCUUCGAAGACGACAACACAGCCGUCUGGGUCGCCGAAGGACUGGAACUAAUCGCCUCCAAUUUCCGCAUCUACGCCAACAGCAAGUCCCUCAACCCCAAACUCCGCGACAAAUACCUCAACCUCUUCCGCGACUCCGACGAAAUCCGCGUCCUCCUCAUGGACCUCAAACAAGCCGCCUACGGCCUGCACAUCUCCGAAGCCUCCCGUGUCUUCAUCAUAAACCCAAUCUGGGAACCUACCAUCGAAAGCCAGGCCAUUAAACGCGCACACCGGAUUGGUCAGACGACGCCCGUGCGCGUUGAGACGCUUGUUUUACAGGGGACUAUUGAGGACGCGCUGCUGCGGAGGAGGAAGGAGAUGUCUGAGGCGGAGAUGCAGAGUGCUAAGACGCCGUUGGAUGAUAUGACUAUGAGUGAUAUUAUUCGCAAUGCGGGGUUCUUGCCGAUGGAUGAUGAGGGUGUGACUGCUAUGGCGCCUCUGGGGAAGUCGAUUGGGCUUUUUGAUCGACAUCCACUGCCUAUUCCUGAUGACGAGGAUGCUUCUGUGCGGAAGGCGUUGGCACAGAGGGUGCUUCCGGUUCUUGGUGGUAUUGCUUCUCAAACAAGUUCUGAUGAUGUUGAUAGAUGGCAGGCUGAGCGGACUAAGCGUCCUCGCAUUGGAUUUGUGGAGAAUGGACAGGUUCUGAGUGAGAUUGAAGGUUCUGCGGGUAUGGUUCAUCAGCUGCAGCCUGAGUCUGGGUUGGGUCCGUUCUCUGGUGCUGCAGUCCCUGUGUCUGAGGGUCCGAUGCACCUUGUGCAGCAUGUCGGGAUAGAUGGGAUCUGGGAUGGGUCUCUUGACUCUCGUGGGCCGGUGUCAUCUAUACCAGUGCGUGCUUCGUCCUGUUCUCUCAUCAAUGACGAGAAACAUGUUGAGAGGGGAGUUUCGCUAUUUGGGCCAUGA